GGUCCGACAGCACAACGGCUCGUACAUACCACGCUGGCAGUGCCAACAACAAGAAACUGCGAGGGCCGUGCAGCGCGGACCACCCCGAGCACCGCCCCGCGCACCUGUGGCCAGACAUGUCCACUGGCGCUGCCGCAGUGGCAGGGCGUCGGGGCCAGCUGGCAGAGGCUCGGUCAGGAGGAGGAGGAGGAGGAAGAGAAGGAGGAAGAGGAGGAGGAGGAGGAGGAGGAGGCGGCGGAGACGGAGGAGGAGGAGGAGGAGGAGUCCAACCGCCAUGGACAAAAGGGCACCCUACUGGUGCAAGCGCGCAUCCUGAGCAGACAUGCAGCGUGUUCACGCUGUGAAACGGCGCUUCCUGCCCAAGUAGUGCACGUACUGACCACACGGGCUCGAUCACAGUGUAUUGUCGUCCGCGCCCAGCACCGACCAACGUCGGUAAAAAGUUUGCGUUCCCUCGCGCUUGCAUUUGCGAGGCUGUUCUAUUAUGUCUCCCAUGGUCUUCGUGCUAUCGUGUGUUAUGUUUGCCGAUGCGCCGCCUGGGCACGACUUCUCCGGCCAGCCAGCCAACCCGAUUACCACGAGAGGGCCGAGCGAGCAAGCAGCUCGUGCACGCACGACUUCCAGAGCAGAACGCCAGGCCGCGGAGGUCGGGCACUGUAAAGAGGCCGGGCGGCCGCCGGCGCCAAAACUCACCGCGCGCCAUCGCUCGCCCUCGCCCGGGCGGUGGCUCUGCGGAGGCAGCGCCACGAGAACUGCCUAUGGUUGCCUUUCUUGUUGGUGGCUCGCUUCCUCCCUGCCGAGGUGCAGAGGUGACAGAACUGGCAGAACUCCCCGCUUCUGCAGCCGCGCUCCGCGAAGAGGCAGGGGCGGCACCUGCCCGACGAGUGCAGGAUGGACCCCCACGUCGGGCCCAAGUCCGAGGUGGCCCCCUCCGCGACACGCGCCGCCGCCGAGACGGGCAUGGACACCUCCGCCGCGGGCCUGGAGCAGUGCCCCCUCGCUGUCGCGGAGGCCGAGCUGGAGCGCACACGUGCGUUCGGACCCGCGUCGCGAGCGUGCAGGAACGUGCUGAGAACUCGCAGGCCGUCCUCCACCGCCGCCCUGUCGAGCGGCGCCCGGUCCCGGGCGCAGCCUCCGACGCCCCCGUCUGCGGUCCGCUCCUCCUGGAGGACCACCCCGGGAGAGGCGCCACCCGGCCGCCCACCUCGGGGGGACCGACCAAAGGGGGUGCGAGGCUGGAGGUCUUCGAGCGUGCUCGUCGGUUGUCGGCGGCCUUCCAGCCUCGGGAUGCUCUCCAGCGGCUGCGCCCCGUCGUGGGCGCUCUGGGGAGC